CUUACAAAACUCAGAAACCACUAGCUAAGAAAAUGGCAACUCCAGAAGAAAGUCCUGCUGCUAAGAGAUGGCUUCCUCUCGAAGCUAACCCUGAUGUCAUGAACCAGUUUCUAUGGAAUCUGGGUAUACCAGAGACUGUGACAGAGUGCUGCGAUGUUUACGGCUUGGAUGAUGAACUCUUAGCAAUUGUUCCUCAGCCUGUUCUUGCUGUGCUUUUUCUUUAUCCAAUAACUUCUCAGACUGAAGAAGAGAGAUUGCACCAAGAUAAUGAGAAAAGGAAUGUUAGCAGUAAAGUUUAUUUCAUGAAACAAACUGUGGGAAACGCUUGUGGAACAAUUGGGCUUCUUCACAGUGUUGGAAAUAUUACAUCAGAAAUCAAGCUCCAAGAGGGAUCCUUUUUGGAUAGGUUUUUUAAAUCUACAGCAACCAUGGAUCCGUUGGAGCGUGCUGCGUUUCUUGAGAAAGAUGUGGAAAUGGAAGUUGCUCACUCGGUAGCAGCUUCUGCUGGUGAAACAGAGGCUUCUGACAAUGUGGACACUCACUUUAUCUGCUUCACAUGUGUUGAUGGGGAACUUUAUGAACUUGAUGGAAGAAAGUCUGGACCAGUAUCCCACGGUCCUUCCUCGCCGAGUAGCUUGUUGCAGGAUGCUGCGAAAGUGAUAAAGGGGAUGAUCCAGAAAAAUCCAGAGUCGCUCAACUUCAAUGUCAUUGCACUUACGAAGGUGGCAGCUACAGUUUAGUCACCAAUUCAAAACUGUUGCAGCAUA